AUGUCUUUUCGGCUUCCAUUUACGAAGCUUGCUCACCAUCCCACCAAAAAUCUCUUGAUCCUCUGUUUUGGCAGUCAUUUUCAGGCAAUAGAUACCAGUACCGGAGUAUUGUUGGCAACAACACAAUCGUCAUUCACUUCAAUAAAAACUACUACGAAUAUUUCUACACCCUCAACAACCGGACCAGCGGAAGCAGUAAACUUACUUCCUAGACCUAAACAUGUUUUGUCCAGUGAGGAAGCACACACAGAGCUUAUUCGUAGUAUCGCGUUUAACGCGCAAGGUACCUGUAUGGCUUCAACUAGCGAGAAUAAAGUUUUAAAAAUUUGGGAUUUGGAAGAGAAGCAAUGGAAACUUAAAAACUCCAGAUCAGUCGUGAAACGUGUGGUUUCUCUUGUUUUUGAUCAGACAGGCUCCAAGAUUAUAGUGGCCGAUAAAUUUGGUGACGUUUACAGAAGCUUUCCUAUAGAUUUACCCGAGAAUAAUGGCAAAACAUCUUCACAGUUACUCUUGGGACAUGUUUCAAUGAUUACUGAUAUGACGCUUACACCACUCAAUAAAUACAUAAUAACAUGUGACCGUGAUGAACAUAUACGCGUCAGUCGAUACCCAAACGCAUAUAACAUUGAAUCAUUUUGUUUGGGACAUACACAUUUUGUCUCAAAACUACAUAUAAUUCCAUGGGCAGCCGAUUUUCUAAUAUCAGGUGGUGGAGAUGACUUUGUCGCAUUAUGGGAUUAUGUCCAUGGCACUCUGUUACAAACUUUGGAUGUUAAACAAUUUGUUGAUUCACAACAAGAGAGUGAAUCAAUAACUGCGGAUAAAUCUAGAUCAGAAGAAGCUAGUGAGGAAGGAAUCGCGAUUUCAGCGAUCACCAGUAGCGCAGUAUCACAACAUAUUGCUUUGAUAAUAGAAAAGUUAAGACAAAGAUUCCCCGGAAUAAUAAUUUUAAGAUGGGAAGCAGAUCAAAGUCGCGUCGUUUACCAUAAUACACUAGAAUUAGAAAGUGAUCCCCUAGAUAUUGCAUAUGACCUUUUUGGUAAUUUGUGGGUAUCGAUUACAACCUCGGAGGAUGAGAAAGAAAAAGAGCGACCAACAUUUUUGGUAAAUUUGUUCAGACAAGCUGUUAAUGAUAAGUAUGAUAAAGCGGCAAAUGAUGAUCCAUUAGUAAAAGAAAUUAAUCAAUAUGGAUCGAUGCUAGGUAACGAAGAAAAUAUUGACACUUUACCGGACUUGUAUCCUAUUGGUCAACUUCGUAAAGCGGGGACUGAUUGGCGCGUUCAACGUAAUCAAGAUGAAGAUUACGAUGAUGUUGCGCGCAGUUUGGAAGGUGAACUUGCUUCCUCAUCAGAUGUGAACAAGUCUAAACGAAAGAAAGUUAAGACAAAAUAA